GAGACUCCAUUCACCCUUUCUCUCUUCUCACCGUCUCGCCGAACCAACGUCAAGCGACCCUUCCCUAGCCGUCGGCCUUGGCCUCCGCCGCUGACUGCUUAUCCUCGUGCCCACCGCCGGCUGGGUCGUACGUGGUGACGGGCUCAUGGUCAUCUCGGCGGAGACGCCAUCCAGGCGGCCGGAUCCCGUAGCGGGUUCGGCGGCCGCGGCCACAACGGAAGCUACGCCCGCUCGAGGAGAGACGCAGGAUAGCCUCCUUCACAACCUUUCCUUCCCGAUCUUGAAGACAUGGGGCGGCCACCGGGUGCUCCGUUGCAUGAGCGUGAACGGCAAGAGGGAGAUCGUCGCCGGCACCGGACGGAGAUCGGAGGCGUCGGAGUCGCCGACCCGCGCCCAGGAGAGUGACUGCGGCGGAGACCCCGGGAUCGAGGAGGUCAGGGAGAAGCUGCUGGUUCAUCUUCGGGAGGCGGCGGACCGGAUGAGGCUGGUGGUCCCGCUUCCGACCAAGGGUAGGGGAGGCGAUGCAGAGCAGCCACCGGCCCCGGCGUCAGAGGUGAGCAUCGAUUCCGACGCCAACUCGUCGAAGGCGCCGGCGGUGCGUCCUUGGAACCUGAGGACGAGGCGGAGAGCCGCAAGGGUUCCGAUGGGGAUCGAGCGGCACCUGAGCGCGCCGCCGCCAGGCGCGGCGGAGAAGAGGACGGUGCGGCUCAGGUCAGAGGCCCCGGAGCGGCGGGAGUGGCCCAGGUUCUCGAUCUCGCUGACGAGAGAGGAGAUCGAGGAGGACAUCUACGCGGUCACGGGGUGCAGGGCCCGCCGCCGGCCAAGAAAGCGGGCGAGGGUCGUCCAAAAGCAACUCGACUCGUCGUUCCCGGGGUUAUGGCUGUCGGAGAUCACCGUCGACUCCUACAGGGUUCCUGAUUAGAGUUUGGAGCUUUUGAGAGUUUCCUCACGCCAUAUGAGGAUCGGAAGGAGGCGCCGCCGUUGUCGUGGUCGUCGUCCCUGUGACAUCACAUCGGCUUCAAUGCGUGUUCUUUAGCUAGAGCGACAUAAGGCUCGUGCCUUUUGAACGACGACCUGUUUUCUGCAGAAGCUCCAGCAUCAGAAUGUUGAAUCGAGCUCCGUUUCAGUCUGCUCAUGGAUUGUGGCAUUCCACGCAAAAGACAAAGGGAUAGCACCACCAUAA